AACAGAGUAGAAAGGUCAUGUAAUCAUCAUGGGUAGACUGAAAAUGGACACAAGUGGUGUGCAGUCUCUCCUGUAGCCAAAAAGAACAGGUGGCAGGAAAUGGGGAACUGCUGCAGAGCCCAGUCCGAAAAUAGCCUCAUGAACAAAAAUGUUCUGGUGAAAGAAAAAGCGGAAAACCCUGGAGUUGUCGGCAAGAGUGAUGGCACACCUCGGGCGAGACUGGAAGAAAGGGUAAAAAGCAAUGCAAUGGCUGGGAAUGAUCCAGAGAGAACACCAGUGAAAAGCGCCGUCCCUAGGAAUGAGGUCCAUCCGGUGCCGGUGAGGACUAUGCCUGCGGUUCAUCUGGAUCCAGAUGGUCGAAGAGAUUCUAUCAAACAAGAUACCCGCCUCCAAAAGUCAGCAAUAGGCCUGCAAUCUACUUCCCACUCGGACUGUCUGGCCAAAAGAGCUCAAAUACAAGAGUGUAACCGAUUUUGGGAUGACCCCAGCGUGAACUGUUCAUCACUGAGAGAGGACGAUGCUGUAGUAGAGAGCUGCAAAGAGACUGCUGAACCAAAUAAUGAAAACCUGCUUGGACUGGCGAGAAGCAUGGACAAGACUACCCCAGCACCGUUGUCAACAUCUCAGGACAAAGUCGCUGAUCAGAUGCGCUCAGAAGAACAGGAGACGAACAAACUGAAGGUUCCCGUCAGCUCCAUAAUGCCAGAAGAUGACAAUAGUGAAGAAGACCUGUAUAGGGGAGAGGAUGAGAUUGAGAAGGAACGAAAUGCAAAAGACGAGACGUGUCCCGGGAGCCAGGCAGAUUUGGCUCCAGAGGGUCAGUGCAGUGUGGAAGGCCCAGUGGAGCUCCUGACCUAUAGUCAAAGAGAGUGGAGGGGAAACACCGCCAAAAGUGACCUUAUCAGAAAGGGUUAUGAGAUGAUAUCCCAUGACUUUGAGCAUCUACGCAGGGUGAGGGGGGACAACUACUGUGCACUAAGGGCCACCCUCUUUCAGCUUCUCACUCAGUCCAUUCAACUUCCAGCCUGUAUAGCAGAUCAUGACUUCAGCCUGUGGCCCAAACAGCUUCUAUCAGUGAAAGAUCUGGUAGAUCAGUGGAGAUUCCCCUUUGCUAGUGGGAGCAGCACCACGGGAGGCGUGGAGCAACUGGAGCAUUAUCUACAGCUCCUGAAGAAACGGUGGCAGGAGGCAGUGGAGGCCCACGGGCAGAAGGACAGGGAGGCUCUGUGCCAGCAGGUGUUCCAGGGCGGGGAGGAGGAAUACGGGCUGCUGGAGGCCGUCAAGUUCCUGAUGCUGCGGACCGCCGUGGAGCUGCACGGCGCCAGCGAGCGCGGCGAGAGCGUGCCAGAGUUCUGCUGGCUCCUGUUCGCCAGAGACUCCUCCCGCUGCCCCAGGACCCUCCUGACCAAUCACCUGCUGCACGUGGGCUCCAGCGGAGGCCUAGAGCAGGUGGAGAUGUUUCUCCUUGGCUACUCCCUGCAGCAGACCAUUCAGGUCUACCGGCUCUAUAAAGCAGACACAGAGGAGUUUGUCACCUUCUACCCCGAUGACCACACAGAGGACUGGCCUCACCUUUGCCUACUGACGGAGGACGACAGGCACUACAAUGUUCCAGUCCCCAAAGCGCAGAAAGUAUCUAAGCGGAACUCAGCAGGCAAGCCCUUAUGGCGUGAGCCCGCAGGGAAAACACCUAUGCAUGGACACUCCAACCACACAGGGAAGACUUAUGUCUAACUUAUUACAGCAUAUACGCCCAACUCUGACAAUCAGGAGUGCGUGCGGAACUAAAUUAUCCAAUGCAAAUGUUCCUUCUAGGAUAGGUAUGUGUAUGUAAGAUGUAAUGAUAUGUUUUCGUUUCUAAUUAUGUGGUUGUAUAGAUUUAUUGGUAGUAUUCUGGUAGUGAUGGUUUAAUCAUAUGUUUUGUGCUGUAGUUUUAAUGUUUACAAUGCUCCUUUAAUCCGAAACAGAUUAUUUUUAUCCUUUUAUUAUCAUUUUUAAAUCUGUUUUUUUAAUUUUUUAAUUAAGCUGUACUGAUAGAUACAAUAUAUUGCUGCCAGGAGCCUGGAUCUCUUUCAGUGAAUAAGUAAGAAGAAUAAAUCGAUUUGUUUACCUCUGA